AUGUCGCCACGCCGGGCGUCUUCUCCUGCAAUGUCGGAAAAUGAGUUCGACAUUACAAAUGCCCUGUUCCAGAACGAUAGCGGCUCCGACGAGGAAGUUCCCAAAAAGUCACGACCACCGCCGAAGGCAAUCCCGCAACAUGAUCUUGAUCUACUUGGCAGUGACAACGAGGAGGAUGACGAGACAUUCAUCGCAAAUCAGCAAUCGGCGGCAAACAGAAAAGCGUCGAAUCUUAAAGGUCGUACAGUCAAGAAGGGCGGUGGCUUUCAGGCGAUGGGCCUGAAUGCUAAACUGCUGAAAGCCAUCACUCGCAAGGGGUUUUCGGUUCCGACUCCCAUCCAGCGCAAGACGAUUCCUGUGAUUCUGGAUGAGCAAGAUGUUGUCGGCAUGGCCCGAACAGGUUCGGGAAAGACGGCCGCCUUUGUGAUUCCUAUGAUUCAGAAAUUGAAGAGCCAUAGCACCAGAUUUGGUGCCCGGGGACUCAUCCUUUCGCCGUCCCGAGAACUGGCACUGCAGACGUUGAAGGUAGUUAAAGAGCUGAGCCGAGGGACCGAUCUAAAGCCUGUUCUCUUGGUUGGUGGAGACAGCUUGGAGGAACAGUUCGGGAUGAUGGCAGGGAACCCGGACAUUGUCAUUGCAACCCCCGGACGUUUCCUGCAUUUGAAGGUGGAGAUGAGACUAGACCUGUCGAGCAUCCGUUACGUGGUCUUUGACGAAGCCGAUAGACUCUUCGAAAUGGGUUUCGCUGCUCAGUUGACAGAGAUUCUCCACGGCCUGCCCGCUACCCGCCAGACUCUGCUGUUCUCUGCGACGCUACCUAAAUCGCUGGUUGAAUUCGCUCGUGCCGGCCUCCAGGAGCCGACGCUAAUUCGACUGGACGCUGAAAGCAAGAUAUCUCCCGACCUUCAGAACGUGUUCUUUUCCGUCAAAUCUGCCGACAAGGAGGGAGCACUGCUGCACAUUCUACACGAUGUCAUUAAGAUGCCCACGGGCGAGACGGAGGUUUCUCAAAGACUGCGGGAAGAGGCUAAUUCGAAGAAUCCUAAAAAGCGCAAGCGAUCCGAAAUGGAACGGGUGAAGUACAAAGAGUCGCCCACGAAACAUUCCACCAUUCUAUUCGCUGCCACCAAGCAUCAUGUGGAUUAUCUGUAUUCCCUUCUCAAAGAAGCCGGGUUUGCCGUUUCGUAUGCCUACGGUUCGCUGGACCAGACGGCUCGAAAGAUGCAGGUGCAGAAUUUCCGGAUCGGCGUUUCGAAUAUUCUGGUUGUCACUGAUGUCGCUGCGCGUGGUAUCGAUAUCCCCGUUCUAGCUAACGUUAUCAACUACGACUUUCCUUCUCAGCCAAAGAUCUUUGUUCACCGUGUUGGCCGAACGGCCCGUGCCGGGCAGAAGGGGUGGAGUUACAGUCUUGUCCGCGACGCGGAUGCCCCUUACAUGCUGGACUUGCAGCUUUUUCUGGGUAGAAGACUGGUGCUGGGGCGUCAGUACGGUGACCAGGUUGACUUUGCCGAGGACGUGGUUGUGGGCUCUCUCCGGCGCGAUGCUCUAGCACGAGGCGUGGAAUGGGUGAACAAGGUUCUCGACGACGAUGUGGAUAUUGCUGGCCAACGAGCGGUCGCCACCAAAGGAGAGAAGCUGUACAUGCGUACACGGAAUGCCGCCUCUCUCGAGAGUGCCAAACGAGCCAAGGAGAUCGUAUCUACGGAUAAUUGGACGGCUCUCCAUCCUUUGUUCAAUGACGAACAGAGCAACAUGGAGGUGGAGCGGGAGAAGAUGCUCGCCCGGAUUGGCGGGUAUAAGCCCAACGAAACGAUCUUCGAAGUGAGAAACCGCCGCGGCGGUAAGAAUGACGCCGACGAAACCAUCGACACCAUCAAGAGGAUCCGAACGACGAUCGAAAAGAAAAAGCGAGCACAGGCAGGAUCCGAGGCCGUGGAUGGUGAUGAUGAUGAUGCCCCGGAAGCAGGCAACGAUGGGAACAUGGUAUCCUUUGCCGACGAAGACGACGAAGCGCCCCAGGGCCAACCGGAUGACAUGUCCAUGGCGUCGGAUUCCGAGCUGGAGGUGACCUUUUCCGCGUAUUCCAAGCCAAGCGAGGGGGGCAAGGCCAAGCAAGGCAAGGAGGGAGCCACCUCCUUCCAGAACCCAGACUAUUUCAUGUCCUACACGCCGGCCAACACAUCCCUGGCCGAGGACCGCGCGUACGGUGUCCACUCCGGCACGAACACGAACUUCGCAGCCGCCUCGCGCAGUGUGGUGAUGGACUUGGCGGGCGACGACGGGGGUCGCGGGUUCGCGGAGCCUCGGUCCAUCAUGCGCUGGGACAAGCGACACAAGAAAUACGUCUCGCGGCAGAACGACGAGGACGGGUCCAAGGGUGAGCGGCUCGUCCGCGGCGAGAGCGGUGCCAAGAUCUCCGCCAACUUCCGCAGCGGACGGUUCCAGGCCUGGAAGCGCGGCAAGCGGCUGGACCAUCUUCCACGCGUGGGUGAGGCCGAGGCGCCCGGCAUGGGGGCCGACCUCAACGCCUCGAUGCGCGGGAAGCGGUUCCGGCACCGCAAGGACCAGGCGCCCAAGGCCGCCGAUCCGCUGCGCGGCGACUACGAGAAACGCAAGAAGAAGGUCGAGGCAGCGCGCGAGCGCCAGACAUCCAAGGCCGGUGGUGCUGCGUACGGGGGAGGCAGGGGCGAGAUCCGCAACAACGAGGAUAUCAGAAAGGCGCGUCGGCUCAAGGAAAAACGCAGGGAGAAGAAUGCCCGGCCGUCCAAGAAGAAGAGGUAA